AUGGUGUCACUUGAUUUCCAAUGUAUCAAGACAACUCAAGUUGAAGUACUUCUAAAUGGUCCUCCAUGUCAACCUUUCAAUCCUUCAAGAGGUAUUAGACAGGGAGAUCCAUUUUCUCCCUAUCUUUUUAUCAUUGCAAUAGAAUCUCUAUCUAGAAAACUGGCUUCAUAUGAGCAGAAUAGGACUAUAACUGGAAUUAAAAUAGUUAGAGGAGCUCCAAAAAUUAAUCACCUGCUUUUUGCAGAUGAUUGUUUGCUCUUCUCAAAAGCAAACUUGGAUCAAACUAGAGCUCUCCUUGAGGUAAUUGAGGAGUUUAGUCAAUGCUCAGGUCAGGUUAUAAAUUUUAAUAAAUCUUCAGUCUAUUUCAGCAACAAUGUCAGUCCUUCUUCAGCUGAGACUCUGGCUAGUAUUCUACAAGUGCCUAUUAUGGACCCUAAAGAGAAGUAUCUUGGUCUUCCCUUCUUCAUUGGCAGAAAUGAAAGAGCGCAUUUAUCAGUUCUUUUGGAAAAUAUGGAUACUAGACUUUCUAAAUGGAAUGCUUCAAACCUCCCUGAACCAGGUAGCACAGUAAUGGUUAAACAUGUACUUAAUGGUAUACCAUUCCAUUAUAUGAUCUCAUUUAAGUUUCCUGAUCAAACUAUAAAGGACCUUAUUUCUAUUCAGGGUAAAUUAUGGAGGAGAAUGAAUUCAAAUAAAGGUGUAGUUAUCUCUUGGACAAAUUUAAGUAGAGAUAAAGAGGAAGGUGGUUUAGGUUUCAGAGCCUUUAGAGUGUUUAAUAAAUCUCUCCUUUCUAAAUCGGCUUGGAAAUUAUGUUAUGGGAAUUCAGAGAUUUGGUUUAAAUCCAUGGAAGCCAAAUAUUAA